CUUUUGACGCGAUGACGCACGGCAGGUUUGCGGACGUGGCGGCGGCGCACGGCCCGGAAGGCGGAGACGUUGGCGGAGGCGUUGGAGGCGGUGUAGAGGGACGUCCAAAAAACGGAGGCUCGGCCAUGAACUUGCCCUGGACCGGAGCGUCGGCGGCGCACUUGGCAGCCGUCUCGUUACGUCCACCCUGCUAACGGGACAGCUGGUUGAGGAAGGUCAGAAUGAAACAGCCAACAGCACAGAAACACCCGACAGCACGUAGGUGUUUGGGAUACCGUCUUCACCCGCAGGCUGAGCGGACGAAAGCCUUAACGCCGUAUCCAUGGAUUUUUACAUUAUGGCAGGGAGGCAUCAGAAUCGUAGUUUUCCUCUUCCAGGAGUUCAUUCAAGUGGUCAAGUACAUGCUUUUGGGAAUUGUACAGACGGUGAUGUGUUGGAGGAGGAUGCUGAAGUGUAUGAGCUUCGAUCCAGAGGAAAAGAGAAAAUUCGAAGAAGUACAUCAAGAGAUAGACUUGAUGACAUUAUAGUAUUAACAAAAGAUAUACAGGAAGGAGAUACUUUAAACGCAGUAGCCCUUCAAUACUGUUGUACGGUAGCAGAUAUUAAGAGGGUUAACAAUCUCAUCAGUGAUCAAGACUUUUUUGCCCUUAGGUCUAUCAAGAUUCCAGUAAAAAAGUUCAGUUCAUUGACUGAAACAGUUUAUCCUGCAAAAGGAAGACAGGCUUCACGUCCUUCAUCUGUUCAGUAUGUCCUAUAGCAACAGGAAAUUUUGUCGGCAAAUAAUUCCCUUUCUUCCAGUGAAUUAGCUGGUAGCUUUUUAAAGGAAGUAGACCGAGACAUAGAACAAAUAGUAAAAUGUACAGACACCAAAAGGGAGAACCUUAAUGAGGUGGUGUCUGCCUUAACAGCACAGCAGACACGUUUUGAACCUGAUAACAAAAACAUUCAACGUAAGGAUCCUUAUUAUGGAGCAGACUGGGGAAUAGGGUGGUGGACAGCUGUAGUGAUAAUGUUGAUAGUAAGUAUAAUAACGCCAGUAUUUUAUUUGCUGUAUUAUGAAAUUUUAGCUAAAGUGGAUGUUAGUCACCAUUCAACAGUGGAUUCUUCACAUUUGCAUUCAGGAGUCACACCCCCAUUACAACAGAAAGAAAUGGAAAAUGAAAUUGCUCGAACAAAAGGAAUACCCUUUGGCCAACAUGAUGAUCAUAAACUGUACAACCAAGGUUCUCAGUUACCUGCUGCUCAACACAAAACAUAGCAAUAAGCUCAUAAUUACAGUGUUAAUGAUUACAUGUACUUCUGGGAAUAUUCAACAACCACUUCACAGGCAGAAUUUAGGAAGACUGGAGAUGCUUUUUUUUCACCUUUUUUGUUGUUGGGCCAUUUAAAAAUGGAUUGAGUAUAAAACCCCUAAAAUUGCUGUUGCUGAUACUGGGAGUGGCACAUCAAUAUGUCUGUUAUAUCAAUGCUGAGAGCAGAAAUGAAUUUUAAAAUGUGUCUUGGAAGUUUUUAACUUGGAAAAUGCCUCAUUUUUCUUCUUUGAGAUUGGUUAUGUUUAAAUAUUGUUUUUUAAGUAAUCAUUUUUUGUAUAAGGUUAUUAAAUUUAUUAAGCAGAAUAAUGAUAGUAUCAGAUGUCUGCAACUGAAGAAAAGUUUACUACUGUAAACCAUCAAUAUAUUCAGUUGGAAAAAGUUGAUUCUAAAAUUAUUUGAUAGCACAUACCUAAUAGUCCAUUUUAAAACUUUAAAAGACACAUUUAGCACAUAUGCUGUGAAAGCAUAAGCAAAAACAAAUGGGAAAGUAAUGUGUAAUGGCUGUAAUAGAGGCUAAGAAAUAGAUUAAUAUUUUUAAGUUCCAAAAAUAAUGUUAGGAUUGGGAAGUUGCCAUUUGGUCAUUAGAACACUGGAUUAGGUCGAGACUUAAAAGUAAUCUUUGUCUCUUAAAAGAAUGCUGCCUUUCCUUGUUUUUUAAGUGAUUAUAUUUGCUUCUGAUAUUUGAAAAUACUUCUGUAAUUCUUUGAUAAAAAGUUACACAUAUACAGCUUACAGUUAUUUAGGAAAUACAUUUUUUACAUACUGUGAUAAAUUGUUGCUGUGUUACAUGUAACAGGCCUUAAUUAUAUUUAAUGCCUUACUACUUUAUGUAAGCUUAUAGAAUUUUAGAAUUUAAAUUAAGCAUUAUUUCACAUGGUCCAGUUGGAUAUAUAAAUUCAUCUUCACCUUUGCUAUCAAGCACAAGCUAAUAAUGGGGUCAAAACAAAUUUUCACUGUCUCUUAAGUCUGUUGCAGAAAAUGGUUCAUUAAUAAAAGAACAUGGUUAAAGGGAACUUUUCAUUAGCAGUAAUAAACUGUUGAUCCUUAACCUGUUUUCAAAGAGAGAAUGUCCAACCUAAACCUUUUUUUUUUAUUUUCUGAACUGUAGACCAUCAGAUUGGGGGGACAGAGGCCACAGGUGUCUGGAUUGGUCAGAAUGGCUAGAGAGUGCUCCUUUUCUAAGAUCUGCUAUGGAUCAGGCACAGUCUGGCUAAAUAAGUAUUUACAUACUGAUUCCAUCACUUAAUUUUUAAAAGUAUGUGUUUUAAAAAUGUAACCAAAAUGAGUCAUUAGAGUCUGGACUGCCUGUUUUGUGUAUACUAAAGUAUGUACCUUAAGAUAUAUAAUACCACCUCAAUUGUCUGGGCAUUAUUUCCUAAUUUUUAGUGUUUCAGCUUUUUGACCAGUCUUUUUAUAUUUCAAAUUCGAAUCUUGAUACAGUGGGGUGAAUAAAUAAAUAUGGUAAAUGAGGUUUUAUGUACUUUUAGGAGCAAAGCAUCAUAAAAAGACAGUCCAAAAAAGUUAAACAUUAAAGCCCUCGCAUAUAUUAGCGGACCUUAGAUAAUUACCAAAAAGUGUUAAUAUGGAAGUUUCAGCAAAUUGAUUUUUUGAAUAACUUUUAUAGUUUAAAAUCUUAAAAGUUGUUUAAUGUGCCUUGGGCAUCUUGAAAAGAGUAUGAUCUUCCUAAUUUUGCUCAGUGUUAAUAACUUGGUUAGUUUACAUUGUAUUUAUUAAUAAGCCUGCUGAAAAAAUCAAGUUUUAGGACAAAAACACAGAUUAUUUUAGGGUAGAAUGGGCUAGAUGUCCUUUUUAGAAUUUUGUUUACAUCAAAUUGAUGAAAUUACAGUCAGUGAUUCCUUUUUCUAUUGAUACUUUGAAAUUGAGAUAAAGAGGUCUGAUUUCCAAAAUAACAUUUUUUAUAAGUAGUAAGGUGUACUGUGCAGUUGCUGAUGAAAAAACAUUUCUGUCUCGCAAUAUCCAGUUUCUUGAAAUAGAGCAUAUCCUUAUGACAUAAUCAUGCAGUUUCCUCUUUCUAUAUAUUUGAAUUAAUUGAAAAUAAUUUGAAUUAUAUAUAACUGUCAUACAGAAUUAUAGAUUCUAAUUGCUCAGUGUUAUUUAGAAAAGAAAAAUAAUUUCCUAAGCAUUUAAUAGAUACAGAAUAAUUUUAGCCUUUAAAAAGUACCUCUAUACAUCAAACUUUGUAGCAAAUACAGAUUUGUUUAAAACUUAAUAAAAUAAGAUUUAUCAUUUGAUACUGUGGAUUUUUGUGUUGAAACCCUUAUUUGAAUUUAUUUUGACACUUUACAUAAUUGUGCAGAAGAUGCAUGUGUGCAGAUGUAAAAGUAACAACUGAAUCAUUACAUUUGGUUCACUGAAAUUGGAGUCGCAAGUGAAAAAUCUGCUAUUUUUAGGGCAGAUAAGUCUGGAUACAAAUGGUUAAGAUUGUUUUGAACAAAUGGUACCAUUUAAACAUGUUUUGCCAUCUUACUCCUAGAAAAUUAAGGGAUUCUUGUCUUCAAAAGAUAAAGUAAAAUAGAUUAGAGAGUCCGCUGGCCACAUUAAGCAUUAGAAGACAAAUGUUUAAAUUAUCUAUUCCAGAGGACUUCUUGUUUUUUAAAGUUUUUUUUUUCUGAACUCUUGCUCGUUCAGCGGCCUGAAGAGUUCUUUAAAUGAACCAGUAAUUAGUUCUUUUUAAAGUAUCUACUUCUAAAAUGACCUUUUUGGGAAUAUGAAGGAUACAGUUAAGAGUUUUAGAAAUAAAUGGAAGCAAGGAUCAAGUCAAAGUGUUGGGUAAAGGUGCAGUUUUUAGAUGUAUUUAAAUGGUGCAUUAUGAUGGGAAUCACCCUUAUUACUAAUACAACAAUGUUGCUCAGGAAAUAAUUAUUUUUCUCCCAAGUAUGUGUAUAUUGCAUUGUUAGGACAUAAAAAUAUCCGAAAGCUUUAUUUAAUUCUUUUAAUGUAUGCAAAUACUAUAAAUCUUUUGUAUAAUGUAUUUUAUACAAAUGCAAGGUGAAUUGUAGGUUGUUAGUAUGUACAUCUGUAAAACUUGUUUUUAAAACUUUUUGCCCUUAUUUUUCAUAUUUUAAAAGAUCUACAAAAUGUAAUAAAAUUUCUAUUUUAUUAUUCAAUCUAAAA